AUGGCUGAACAUGAGAAUUACACGUCCUAUCUUGCUGAGGAGUACGUAAUACAAGAGGAGCCCUUUUACCUGCCGGUGGGCGAUGAGAUAGAGCUCUUCGAGGUGGCGUACAGCCAGAACCUGCCGGUUCUGCUCAAAGGCCCUACAGGUACAGGCAAGACCCGAUUCGUGGAGUAUAUGUCGUAUCGGCUGGGGCGCCCCCUCACCAAGUUAACACCGAACAAAGACGGGAGUGCCCAGGAGGAGCAGAAGAGCAUACCCCUGAUGACAAUCGCCUGCCACGAGGACCUCACUGCCAGCGACCUUGUGGGCCGCUACCUGCUUGAGGGAGACGAGACGCGAUGGGUCGACGGGCCGUUGGCCCGCGCGGUGAAGGCAGGGGCGAUAUGCUACCUGGAUGAGAUCGUUGAGGCCCGGAAGGACACUACGGUGCUCAUCCAUCCCCUAACCGACCACCGCAGAAUUCUUCCCAUAGACAAGCGCGGCGAGGUGCUUGAGGCGCACGACGGGUUCCAGUUGGUGGUGUCCUACAACCCCGGCUACCAGAGCGCUCUCAAGGACCUGAAGCACAGCACUCGACAGCGUUUCAUGGCCUUGGAGUUGACACAUCCCCCGGCGGAUCUCGAGGCCAGGAUCGUCCAGCACGAGAGCGGGGUGUCGGAGGAGAUGUCCGUUGCCCUGGCCAAGCUGGGAGAGAAGGCGCGCAACCUGAAGGACCACGGCCUCCAGGAAGGCGUUGGCACCCGGCUGUUGAUUUACGCCGGCAAGCUGAUAGCCCGCGGCAUCGCCCCCAGGCGUGCGUGCCAGGUGGCGGUAACCUGGGCCCUUACCGACGAUCAGCAGGUGCAGCGCAGCGUGGAUGAGGUGGUCAACUCCAUAUUCGAGUAA